CGCAGCCUCACACACGGCACCCGACUCGCUCACACCCACCUCACCCACCGCACCUUCGCCUCCACCGCCUCCGUCAUGUCCAAGCCGCUGCAGCUCUACACGGCCGCCACGCCCAACGGCCAGAAGGUCAGCGUCUUCCUCGAGGAGCUCAAGCAGGCCUACGGUAAGAGCUUCCCCGGCGUCGAGGUGCACGCCGUCGACAUCAUGUCGAAGGACGAGCCGCAGAAGCAGCCCGAUUUCCUCAAGAUCAACCCGAACGGCCGCAUUCCUGCUCUCGUUGACCCCAACCACGACAACUUCGCCGUCUUUGAGUCGGCCGCCAUCCUGCUGUGGCUCGAGAAGAACUACGACCCGGACCACCUGUUCUCCUGGCCGAGCAGCGACGCGCAGGCAGACAAGUACCGCUCGGAGGUGCUGCAGUGGGUGUUCUGGACGCACGGAGGCCAAGGCCCCAUGCAGGGUCAGGCGAACCACUUCCGCAUGCAAGCAGUGGGAGACUCCAAGAAUGUGGUUCCCUACGCGGUGAAUCGCUACGUCAACGAGACGAAGCGUCUCUACUCGGUGCUCGAGACUCGCCUCGAGGGCCGUGACUGGCUGGUCGGCGACGGCAAGGGCAAGAUCUCGCUCGCCGACUUCAACGCCCUGCCGUGGGCCGUGUGGUCCGGCUUCGCCGGCAUUCCUCGCACCAGCCUCGGCGAGAACACCCAGCGUUGGAUCGAGAACUUCCUCUCUCGCCCUGCCACGAUGCCCGGCAUGAAGGUGCCGUCCGAGUCGCCGCUGCUCGAGAAGGUGCUGGACGCCAAGUGGGCUGCCGACAUGCCCGACCUCAGCUAG